AUGACGAUACUGUCCUCGAUAAUCCUAUCGGCAUUGGCUUUUAGUCGUGCGUUCAGUCUGCCCAUCUCAGAGGAUGAACAUGUGGUACACGAGCAGCUCGGAGUUCCACAUUCGAGAUGGCAGGUCAAUAGCAUGCUUCCGAGGGAUCUGAACCCUCGAAUCCAGAUGCGCAUCGCGAUCACGCAGCAAAACCUCCAUCGUGGUGAGGAAUUCCUGAUGGAAGUGUCUGACCCUGCAUCCCCUUUCUUCGCACAACAUUGGAGCAAAGAAAAAAUUGCAGAUGUCUUCUCGCCCUCCAGAGAAAGCACUGAAGCAGUCAAGAACUGGCUCGUAACGUUUGGCAUCGACGUCAACCAGAUCACGCCUUCAAAAGAUGGAGGUUGGCUGACAUUUCCCAUCGGACUGAGUGACGCCGAGGAUUUGCUGCGAGCAAAAUAUCAUGUUUACACAGACUCUCAGACGGGCGACAGUCAGCUGGCUUGCGACUCUUACAGUGUUCCGAAGUCAAUUCGGUCUCAUAUUGAUUUCAUCACGCCAACUGUCCAUCUCACCACUCGCAAGUCGAAGCAAGUUCGAUCACUGCCCAAAAGCCAUGACUUUAGACUCAAUCCUGUCAAGACCUCCAAUCUAGCUACAACUGAUCGCCGCCUCAAAGGAAAAGAUCUUACGGUUUGUGAUACACUCACCACGCCAGACUGUCUCCGUGCUUUGUACAAAAUUCCAGCGGGGAAGACCGCCAAUCCUAAGAACACGUAUGGAAUUUUGGAGUUGAGCCCAGAGACAUAUAGCCAGGACGGCCUGAAUGUUUUCUUCAAGAAUUUCACGAAGGAGUUGGUGGGAAGACCGCCGGCUUUGGAAAGCAUCGAUGGCGGGAGUCGUCCUCCUCCUGGCCCUCCGGCAAUCUCCUCGAGCUGGGUGGAAGGUAACCUCGAUUUAUCUUACUCGAUGUCCUUGGUGUACCCACAGAAUGUCACACUCUACCAAAUCGGUGACAACUUCAUUGGUGGAUCCUUUGAGCUUUUUCUCGAUGCAGUAGACGGAUCUUAUUGCACGUAUCUCGGCGGCGAUGACCCCACUCUGAACCCUCAGUACCCUGACCCGAUUCUUAGUGGCUACAACCAAACUAAAAUGUGCGGCGGUGCCAAACCACCAACUGUAGUGUCCAUCUCUUACAGUGGUGAUGAGUUCUUCUUCACUGAGUUCUACACGAGCAGGAUGUGCAAUGAGUACAUGAAGCUUGGUCUCCAGGGCAUGUCCAUUCUCUUUGCAUCUGCAGACUACGGUGUUGCAGGAUGGCAAGGCUGUUUGGACCCAGCAACAACAGGAACGUUAUUCAGCCCCGCGUUCCCAGCUUCCUGCCCGUAUGUGACCAGCGUAGGAGCCACUCAGAUUCCAGUCAACUCAUCAGUAUUCGAUCGGAACGUCGAAGUAGCUGUUGACUUCCCUAUUUACUCAUCAGGAGGUUUCAGCAAUCAUUUCGCGAUGCCGAAGUAUCAGGAGAAGGCUGUUUUGAAUUGGUUCAAGAAACAUCCAACUGGGUACGGAAUGGGUGUUUUCAAUGACUCGAUGAAGGCGAGAGGUGGACCGGAUGUUGCUGCGCUGGGAAGGAAUUUCAUCAUUGGCGUGGGGAAGAACUUGCCUUAUGUGCCGGAGGACACUUAUCAACUUGUUGGGGGAACUUCUGCUUCGGCACCAGUGUUCGGUUCCGUACUCACUUUGAUCAAUGAAGCGCGCCUUAAUGCUGGGAAGAAGUCAAUUGGGUUCGUAAAUCCGGUGCUUUAUGCGCAUCCAGAAGUCAUGAACGACAUCACAGAAGGGAGUAAUCCUGGAUGUGGUACUGGAGGUUUCAAUGCUACGAUCGGUUGGGAUCCUGUGACAGGACUUGGAAGCCCAAAUUUCGAGAAGAUGUUGAAGCUUUAUAUGUCUUUGCCUUAA